UAUUAAUGAUCUGUUAAUCAGUCUUGGUUUAAUGCUGUGACUGUGAGAAAUUGUACAGCGCUACGGAAUAUUGCUGUCGAUAUAGCAAUAAAUGUGUGCCUCCCUGCAUCAUCGCUAUGUGUCCAGCAUGCAUCAUUUCCAUCUGCUUCGGUUCCAGCAAUACCUUUUGGAGAUCAGGCGAUCUAUAAUUUUACCAUCUGAAUGCUCUGUGCUUCAUGUUACAUGUCUGCGUUUCCAUUACAUCUGUGGCAAGUAAUCUCUGGGUUUUUUUUUUUGGUACUUUCCUCACCAGGUCCCAAGCAGCAGCUGGACACUAAACUGCAGGAGCUGAAGAGCAGGCAGCAGCAGCUGCAUAGCCCCACUUCUCCCAGCGCCUGUGAACCACUUCCAAGCCAUUCUACUCCAAAACUAGUGUUCAAUCGUGUGAACGGGAAGCGCACCCCGGCAGUCAGCCCCCCUGCAGAGGACGAGAUUUACACGCCAGCGCAUGAAGAGAACGUCCGCUUUGUAUAUCAGGCCUGGCAGGAGGUGCAGCAUCAGUUGAAUAAACCAGAACUCGAUGAGUGCGGUCCUCAACAAUAUCAAGAUCAAUCACCAGAUCCUACGCUUAACGGUUUUGUUCCUCUUGACCUUGAUGAGUGGUGGGCUGAGCGCUUCCUGGCCAAUAUUGAGAACUAAGAUGAGCGAGGAGACCCCUCCACCCCCUAUUUAUAUGCACAUUUUUGCCUCUCGUAUUAGAACAACUGAAUGGGGUUUCAGUCUGCAGCAUUCUUCCUGCAGCAGGAAACCACGCAAUGGACGCACAAAGACACUUUCCUGACCAUAUGCCUUUUCCGCAUUGGCUGUGAUUCAUCCUUUACAAAGAUUUCAGGUUUCAAGGUUACUUGAGAAAGCACAGAAUGAUUACGUACAGGACACUGACCUAGAGGUGCUCCAGGAGUUGUAGUACGAGAUGGGGUGGGAGAUGGCAUUAGCCACUUGUGGGGAUUACACAGAGGUGGAGCAGUGCACUACAGUUUACUGAAGGGGUACGAAUCCUAGAAAUAUUUAAGUGAUAUUAAUCCUGAAUAUGACUAUAAAAUGUCUCCUGCGCACAGUGGUACAACCAUUUGCCGACCGUCUGCUAGAGUAGGCAGAUCCUUUCUACCGAGUGGUAUUCCUGUCCGCGUCAGUAUGGUGUCAGGUCUUUGUCAUGUGUUGCAGACACAUGUGAAGGCCAAGACUUGUCUCCCUCGUGUCUUGUUCUUUAUGUUUUUUUGUAAAAUCGGAGGGGUCUGUACAGUGCGGGGAAAUGUCUAUUUUUCUAAAUAAAGGUCAUGUUUUGCCUUGAAA